UUCCACCCUGGAUUGGAUUUAUUAAUUGAUAUUACUCUGUUGUGUUUCUGAGAUCCGUGUUCAAAAGGGGGGUAUUUGAGGAGACAAAAAGAGAGGCUGCGCCUCUACCGACGAGUAUCAAAUCAGCCCCAAAUGAAGUCCUGCAAGAGCAUCAUCAUCGCAGCCGCGUGGACAGCGUUGGCUUGGGGUAUUAGUGCUGCUCCGUCGGCAAAACCCAAGGCUCCUGAGCCAAAAUAUUUCCAUGAAAAUCCCUAUGAUGUUCACUAUGAUGACCGAUACUCUCUCAUACUUCUCGAGGACCCUGAGCAGAGAGAGGCCAUCAAAGUCUUAGUCCAGACGUAUCUGGCAACAUUCCGAGACUUGGGCAUUCAAACAUGGCUGAUGCAUGGGACUCUUCUCGGAUGGUGGUGGGGUAAGAAGGUCAUGCCGUGGGACUAUGAUGCGGACGUCCAAGUCACAGAGGCAGACAUGUAUCUUCUAGCCGCCUAUCACAACAUGACCAUAUACUACUACAAGUACGGCACGAUGGAACAAGGUCGCUACUUCCAGCUCGAGAUCAACCCGUAUUUCGUUCACCGAGAUCAAGAUGAUAGGUCCAACGUCAUCGAUGCCCGGUGGAUCGAUAUGCAAAAUGGACUAUAUAUCGAUAUUACUGCGGCAAGAUAUGCUCUUAAUCAUGAGCAGGGCGAAGGGAUUUUGUACGACAAAUAUGGCCACGAAUAUCGCGAUACAUAUGUCUUCCCGCUGCGAGACACAACUUUCGAGGGAGUACCCUGCAAGAUUCCCUAUCGAUACGAGGAAAUGCUGCAAGCAGAAUACGGAAAGAAGUCUUUACUUUAUACGAAAUAUCACGGCCACAGAUUCGAUAACGAGACAAGGUCGUGGGUUCCCCUUGAAGAAACGGAAGAAGAAUUAUAGUUUAGCCAUAUGGAUCGCAUCAGCAUAUGUAGGCGUUGGUACUCUCGAUAUUCAUGAGAUGGUGUUGGCAUUUGACGACGAUUAGAGUAUGGAAUAA